AUGAACGAGUUCGAUCCGUACGGCAUCUCGUACCCUUCCGUGUACGAAGGCCGCGAUCUUUACGUCAGUGCAAGUGAGUACGGCAACUCCAUUCGCUGUAUCAAUCACACCGCCACCCCCAAUGCUCGCUUUGUGCCUAUGAUAACACGAAAGAUUGCUUUACGAUUUUACCGAGAUUCAGCUGUGAGAGCUCGCCGAAAUGUCGUUGUGUGUUUCCAUGACCUUGUACUCAAGUCGAUCCAACCACGCUUCGCUUUCCCGGUUACCAUGAAGUUUUCUACUGCUUUGAUCGCGGUUGCGCUUGUUUACUUGCUGUCUUUAGUGACAGCCGACCACUUAAUGGCGGCCGAUAAGGACGAUCAACCCAUGACUACGCCGUCUGGACUGCACGGUGGGGUCAUCACCAAUACGAUCAACGCCAAGAACAACAACAUCCUCGUGAAGAACAGCAGGAUCGUUUUUUCCAAGGCCGACCGCGUGCAGCUUGCGAAGAAAAUCAAGGAGAUGAUGGCGAAGAGUCCGGAGGCGGGACCGGCAAGUGCGAUGACGACCGAGGACCUCUUUGGUUUCCUGUCGGGUCUCGCGUCAAACCCUGCGGUACUCUCCAAUGCUGCAGAUAUUAUUUCGUCGGCGGCUAGCGGUAACACUCCAGCGUUGGCUGGUCACGUGGUGGGUCUGUUGGGCGCAGCACUGCCGCCUGCUACUCCGGCACCCGAUGUGGAAACCCCCGCCCCUGUUGCGCCAGCGACCCCAAUGUACGCGGUUCCUACUGCUGCCGCGUCCCCUGAGCUUCCGUCCACGUCGGCGUAA